AUGUAUGAACGCGGUGUGGCAAUCGGAAAGGAAGCGCGAGGUAAGGGCGUGAACGUCUGGCUUGGUCCGUCGGUUGGUCCUAUCGGACGUAAGCCAAAGGGCGGACGCAACUGGGAGGGCUUUGGAGCAGACCCAUCGCUGCAAGGUAUUGGCGCGCGAGAGACUAUUAAGGGUGUUCAGGAGCAGGGAGUCAUUGCUACAGUCAAGCAUCUUAUUGGAAAUGAGCAGGAGAUGUAUCGACGACAGACAACUGAUCUUGUAUCACCUGCAUACUCGGCAAACAUUGAUGAUCGAACUAUGCAUGAGCUGUAUCUCUGGCCCUUUGCGGAGGCAGUGAAAGUUGGAGUUGGAGCGACGAUGACAGCUUAUAACCGAGUCAACGGUACUAUAUCCAGCGAGCACUCAUAUCUCAUCAACGCCUUGUUAAAGGAAGAGCUCGGCUUCCAAGGCUUCGUCAUGACAGACUGGCUCUCCCAAAUCACCGGUGUCCAAUCAGCCAUUGCGGGAAUGGACAUGAGCAUGCCUGGUGACACCAUCAUCCCUCUCUUUGGCAAUUCUCUAUGGAUGUACGAGCUAACGCGCUCGGCACUCAAUGGCUCCGUUCCCAUGUCACGGUUGAAUGAUAUGGCUACUCGUAUCGUGGCAACCUGGUACCAGUUCGAACAAGACAAGGACUUCCCUUCUGUCAACUUUGACACCAACACCUACAACAGAGUCGGUCCUCUGUAUCCAGCAGCAUGGCCUAAUUCACCCUCGGGAGUUGUCAACCAGUUUGUUCAAGUUCAAGACGACCAUGACGAGGUUGCUCGACAAAUCGCCCAAGACGCCAUCACUCUCCUCAAGAACGACGACAAGCUUCUUCCACUGAGCACCAAGAGCUCACUGAAGGUCUUUGGCACUGGCGCGCAAACCAACCCUGAUGGCGCCAAUGCCUGUGUCGAUCGAAGCUGCAACAAGGGCACACUAGGUCAAGGUUGGGGAUCGGGUACAGUUGACUAUAUGUAUCUUGAUGACCCCAUCGGCGCUAUCAAGAAGGCGGCUGCAGACGUGACGUUCUACAACACUGACAAGUUCCCAUCUGUUCCGAGCCCUUCUGACGACGAUGUCGCAAUUGUCUUUGUUACUUCUGACGCGGGUGAGAACCAGUACACGGUCGAGGGCAACAAUGGUGACCGGAAUGCCGACAAAUUGAACGUUUGGCAUAACGGCGAUGCACUCAUCAAAGCUGCCGCCGCCAAGUACAAGAAUGUUGUCGUUGUCAUUCACACUGUCGGGCCAGUCCUCGUCGACCAAUGGAUUGAUCUUCCAUCAGUCAAGUCUGUCUUGGUCGCUCAUCUUCCAGGACAAGAAGCUGGAAAGUCUCUCACCAACAUCUUGUUUGGCGACGCGUCACCCUGCGGCCACUUACCUUAUUCAAUCACCAAGAAGGAGGACGAUAUGCCUGAAAGUGUCACCAAGCUCAUUGAUUCUGGCUUUAUUGAUGCACCGCAGGAUACUUAUAGUGAAGGACUAUUUAUCGACUACCGCUGGCUCAACAAGGAAAAGAUUCGACCUCGCUACGCAUUCGGCCAUGGACUCAGCUACACCAACUUCACGUACACGAACGCGACCAUCAAGAGAAGCAUACAGCUAAGCCAAUACCCUCCCAAGCGACCCGCAAAAGGAAAGGUUCUGGACUAUUCGCAAGACAUUCCAGACUACAAAGAAGCGGUUAAACCCAGCAGCUUUAAAACCAUCUGGCGCUACCUAUACUCUUGGCUCUCCGAAUCCGACGCAAAGUCUGCGGCCGCCAAAGCCGAGACAUCGAAAUACCCUUACCCAGACGGCUACUCCACCGCGCAGAAGACGGCUCUCCCCAAGGCGGGCGGUGUUUCAGGCGGCAACCCUGCUCUCUGGGACGAAGCUUAUACUCUGAGCGUAGUGGUGACUAACGCAGGUUCCAAAUUCUCCGGCAAAGCUUCUGUGCAGGCCUACGUGCAAUUUCCGAGCGUUGCCGGAUACGAGACACCCGUCAUCCAGCUGCGCGACUUUGAGAAGACCAAGGUUUUGGAGCCUGGCUCAAGUGAGACGGUGCAAUUGACCUUGACCAGGAAGGACCUGAGCGUCUGGGAUGUCAAGGCUCAGGACUGGCUUGUCCUUGAUGGGGAGUUUAAGAUUUGGCUGGGGUCUGCGAGCGAUAAAUUGGACGCUGUCUGCUUCACAGACGAUUUGGGCUGUGAGCACGACGUCAAGGGACCAGUAUCAUACGAUCCGUAGAUAUCCCGCAUCAAUCUGAGGAGGAACCGAGGUUGCAGCCGGGGAUUGAUUAG